AAAAAUAUUUUUUCAUUUAAUAAUAAAUACAUAAUAUUGAUGAAAAGUAAACUUGAAUUUCUAGACUAUAAUUUAUUAUUAAUAUUUUUUAUAUUAUCUAAAUUUUGAAUGUGUAGAAUGUGUAGAAACUAUAGCAUUUGCAAGUGCGUUUUUCGUCGAGUUUAAGAACGUUAUCCCCUCCUCUGUAGAUUUCACUUGACCGAGACGCAUGCGGAUACCGCGUUCUUCGGCGUGUACAAACUUGUAUGCAAACAGCGGUUAAAUUUUCGUCGCGUUUUCCAAUCUUUAUAUAUUUUUUAUGUCUAAGUGAUUUGUUUUAGUGUUUCGCGUACAGUUUUUGCGUAAAAUGUCUUCUAAAAGAAAACGUGUCGUGCUUUCAAUCACAGAUAAAGUGAAAAUAAUUGAACAAUUAAACAAAGGAGUGUCUAAUAAAUUUUUGGCUGAAACUUAUAAUGUAGGAACAUCGACUAUUUCGGAUUUCAAGAAAAACAGUUCUGCAAUUUUAAAAUUUGCUUCUAAUUUGCAAUUUGAGGAUGGAAGUCCAUCUAGAAAAAAUAUGAAAACUGCUGAAAAUAAAGAACUUGAACAGGCAAUGAUUAAAUGGUUUUUACAGCAGCGUUCAAUUGGAAAUCCUCUUUCUGGACCUAUUCUUUGUGAAAAAGCAAAAAUUUUUGCUGAGAAGAUGGAUAAUUUGUCCGAAUUUAAAGCGAGUGACGGUUGGCUGCGUAAUUUUAAGGCUCGGCACGGCAUUCGAGAGCUCGAUUUGUGUGGAGAAAAGCUUUCUGCCGAUAAUACUGCAGCAGAAAAGUUUAUUGAGGAAUUUAAAACGAAAAUUGAAAAUUACGAUCCUGAAUUUGUUUUUAAUGCGGAUGAAACAGGCCUCAAUUGGAAGGCACUACCUCGUAAAACUUUAGCUUCAAAGAGAGAAACAAGUGCUCCUGGUCACAAAGUUAGCAAAGAUCGCGUGACAGUUCUUACUUGUGCCAAUUCAACAGGCAAUCAUCGGCUUCCAUUACUCUUAAUUGGCAAAUCCAAAAACCCAAGAGCUUUUAAAAACGUUAAAAAGCUUCCAGUUGUUUAUAAAAACCAAAAUAAAGCAUGGAUGACUUCUGCAUUGUUUACGGAAUGGUUUGAUGACGUUUUUAUUCCAGAUGUUAAAAAGUAUCAAAAGAAAAUAAAUAAAAAGGGGAAUGUAUUGCUUUUGCUGGACAAUGCACCUACUCAUCCUUCAGAAAGUUUACUUGAGAGAGAAAAUGGUCGUUUCAAAGCUCUUUUUCUGCCACCUAAUGUGACCAGUUUGCUGCAACCUAUGGAUCAAGGCAUCAUUGAAUGCCUGAAACGACUUUACAAAAAACAACUGCUUCGUAAGCUACUGUUAGCCGAUGAAAAUGAAGAAGGUACUCUAAUAUAUCAUAAAAACAUUAACAUAAAAGAUUGCUGCUACAUGGUAGCUGAUGCAUGGUCUUCCGUAAAGGCGAUAACUUUGAAGAGGGCUUGGAAUAAAAUAAAUGGAAUUUCAACACAACAGCAAAUACAGGAAGAAAAAGAAAAUGCAGAAUUGAAGAACAACGAGGAAAGUGAUAAAGAUACUGAUUCAAUGUCUACGGAAAACCUGCAGAAUAUGAUUACAAAAGUUCCAGGCUGUUCCGAGUGCAAUGUAGAGGAUAUCGAAGAUUGGUUACAUUCUGAUUCAAUAGAUCCUGGGUUCCAAUUAUUGAGUGACGAUGAAAUUAUUCAGAGUACAAAAGAAGAAUCAUACCCAGUGGACUCAGAAGAUGACAAUGAUUCUACAUUUGAAUUAGAAGCUGGACCUUCUGCAAGUGAGGCGUUUGCUUGUUUUGAGACUGCCUUAAAUUGGAUGGAACGACAAUCUGAAUGCGACCAUGUAGACCUUCUUGUCGUCAAGCGCUUGAAAGAUCUAGCUGCUAAAAAGCGAGUUUCUUCAUUAAAACAGCGUACAUUGACAGAAAUGUUCAAAUAAAAUUAUUUUCUUUAAUAUCUAAAGUUAAAUGAAGUACAGUGAGUAAGUUCUUUUAUUCUAUUAAGUUACGAUUAAGUAAAGCGAGUUUGUUCAUUAAUACACUUACAUUGACAGAAAUGUUUAAAUAAAAUUAUUUUCUUUAAUAUCUAAAGUUAAAUGAAGUAA